CUCCAACGCAAAGGGCAAGGCCAAAUCAAGGAGCCUUUGACAAGAAAGGAAUUACAACUCUGUGUAAAGCAGGGGCUCCUGAGUGAUUGGCCUGUCAAGAAGCACAGGUUCAAGAUGGUGCGUCAGUGUGAGGCUUUUGUGUUGUUCCUCAUCAGGGUGGGGCUGCUGCUAGGCCUAGCUAACCCCCUGGUAACCUCUGCCUCGUGUCCCUCUGUGUGCCGCUGUGACGGGACCUUCAUCUACUGUAAUGACCGCGGCCUGACGUCCAUCCCCUCUGGCCUACCCCAGGACGCAACAGUGCUUUUUCUGCAAAACAACCGAAUUAAGAGUUCAGGCAUUCCCACCGAUCUGCGCAGGCUGUCCAACGUGGAAAAGAUCUAUCUUUACUGCAACAAUCUGGACGAAUUCCCCACUAACCUACCUCUGGGGGUCAAGGAGCUCCACCUACAGGAGAACAACAUUCGCAUGAUUACCCAUGCCUCCUUAGCCCAGAUCCCCUACAUUGAGGAACUGCACUUGGAUGAUAACUCCGUAUCAGCCGUCAGUAUUGAGGAGGGGGCCUUUAGGGACAGCAAUCACCUCCGUCUGUUGUUCCUCUCCAGAAACCACCUGAGCACCAUCCCCUCUGGUCUUCCCAUGAGUAUCGAGGAGCUGCGCUUUGACGACAACCGUAUCUCCUCCAUUUCAGAGCAGCUGCAGGACCUCAUCAACCUGAAGAGACUGGUACUGGACGGAAACCUUCUCAACAACCGUGGGAUUCAGGAGUUUGCUUUUGUCAACCUGAUCAACCUGACAGAGCUCUCCAUAGUAAGAAACUCUCUCACAGCGCCUCCUGCCAACUUACCGGGCACCAGUCUGGAGAAGCUGCAGCUACAGGAUAAUCACAUCAAAAGUGUCCCUCCUGGAGCCUUUGCCUUCCUCCGGCAGCUGUAUCGCCUGGAUCUGUCUGGAAACAACCUGAGCAGCCUCCCACAGGGAGUUUUUGAAGAUCUGGACAAUCUGACCCAGCUCCUGCUUAGAAACAACCCCUGGCAGUGCACCUGCAAAAUGAAGUGGGUGCGUGAUUGGCUCCGAUCCCUGCCAUCCAAGGUGAAUGUACGAGGCCUCAUGUGCAAUGGACCAGAUAAAGUAAAGGGCAUGGCCAUCAAAGACCUUACCACAGACAUGUUUGAAUGCUCAGAUUCAGAAUUACUGUCAACAUUUGAAACAAGUACUGUCUCAAAUACUGUGAGGCCGUCACAGCCUCACAGACCCGCUUUUGUGACGAGGCGGCCCGAAAGAAAAGACUUUGGAAGGAACUAUCACAGUACGACGACCACAGGCAGAAAGAUUAUCACCAUCAGUGUUAAGUCCAGCACUGCUGAUACCAUUCACAUAUUAUGGAAGCUGUCGCAGCCUGUGACUGCACUCCGGCUCAGCUGGCUCAAGCAGGGACACAGCCCGUCUUUUGGCUCCAUCACAGAGACCAUUGUGCAGGGUGAGAGGACCGAAUACCUGCUCACUGGGCUGGAGCCAGAGUCUUCCUAUAGGAUAUGCAUGGUUCCCAUGGAGACCAGUAACAGUUACCUGUCAGACGAGACCCCUGUUUGCAUAGAGACAGAGACCGGAUAUCACAAGUCCUACAACCCCACGACCACUUUAAACAGGGAGCAGGAGAAGGAGCCUUACAAAAAUUCCAGUCUGCCUUUGGCUGCUAUUAUUGGGGGAGCCGUAGCUCUUUUGGCAAUAAUUAUGUUGGCUUUGGUGUGCUGGUAUGUCCACAGGAACGGUUCACUUUUCUCAAGAAACUGCACUUACAACAAAGGCCGCAGGAGAAAGGACGACUACGCAGAGGCCGGUACCAAGAAGGACAAUUCCAUUCUAGAAAUACGAGAGACUUCUUUUCAGAUGAUUCCUAUUAGCCACUUACCGGUGUCUAAGGAGGAGUUUAUGAUACACACAAUAUUCCCACCAAACGGCCUGAGUUUAUACAAAAGCCCACACAGUGAGAACAGUAUUAACAGAAGCUACAGAGACAGUGGAAUACCAGAUUCAGAUCAUUCCCAUUCAUGAUAUUUAAACAUGGACACUGCUCAUGCGUGGAGAGACUUUUACACAACACUGGAUAUAUAAAACUAGAAAUGUACAUUUGCCAUAUAAUUUAUAUUUAAGGACAAUUUAUGACGAAUGAGAAGGCUCCUGUUUCAGGCCAACAGUGGGUGUUGUAACUAACUGCAAUUCUAUAUUUUAGGAAUUUGUAGUCAUUUGUACUGUACUUACUUUGUUUAAGGAUAAACCAACUUAAAGAAAACUCUGUGUUCUACUGA